CUCCCAGCCUCGAGCCCACACCUCGGCGCCCCACGGCCACCGGAGGCGGGGACAGGGAGUCCGGGGCAGGCCGGGCCGGGGGAUCUGCGGCGGCGGCGCGAGCUUAACUCCCGCCAGAGCCGGGAAAGAGCCCCGAGCCGAGGAAGAAGGGAGCGGGGACCUGCCCUCCGCCUGCCGGCUUCUGGAAGAAGCGUCUCCUGUUCCGGCCCUGGAAUAAGAAACCCGUACCUCGUCCGCCCGACUCCGCGAUGCUGCAGGUUCAGAAUGGAGCUCAGAUACCAGACCCCAAAGAUGCUGGCAGAGACAUUCUGACUCAUUAAGGGAGAGCUGAGUGAUAGCAGAGGGGUGACAUCAGCCUUGCAGACACUGCCCUGAGGAAUUCCGAGCACUGUUGCUCACAGCACCGCCUGGCCAUAUGGAGACCACCAUGGGGUUCAUGGAUGACAAUGUCACCAACACCUCCAGCAGUUUCCUUUCUGCACUCAACCCUCGUGGAGCCCAUGCUGCUUCCUUUCCAUUCAACUUCAGCUAUGGCGACUAUGAUAUGCCUUUGGAUGAAGACGAGGAUGUGACCAAUUCCCGGACAUUCUUUGCUGCUAAGAUUGUCAUUGGCAUGGCCCUGGUGGGCAUCAUGCUGGUCUGCGGCAUUGGCAACUUCAUCUUUAUUGCUGCCCUGGUACGCUACAAGAAGCUGCGCAAUCUCACCAACCUGCUUAUUGCCAACCUGGCCAUCUCUGACUUCCUGGUGGCUAUUGUCUGCUGCCCCUUUGAGAUGGACUACUACGUGGUGCGCCAGCUCUCCUGGGAGCAUGGCCACAUCCUGUGCACCUCUGUCAACUACCUGCGCACUGUCUCUCUCUACGUCUCCACCAAUGCCCUGCUGGCCAUCGCCAUUGACAGGUAUCUGGCUAUUGUCCACCCGCUGAGACCACGGAUGAAGUGCCAGACAGCCACUGGCCUGAUUGCCUUGGUGUGGACGGUGUCCAUCCUGAUUGCCAUUCCUUCCGCCUACUUCACCACCGAGACGGUCCUCGUCAUUGUCAAGAGCCAGGAAAAGAUCUUCUGUGGCCAGAUCUGGCCUGUGGACCAGCAGCUCUACUACAAGUCCUACUUCUUGUUUAUCUUUGCCAUCGAGUUCGUGGGCCCCGUGGUCACCAUGACCCUGUGCUAUGCCAGGAUCUCCCGGGAGCUCUGGUUCAAGGCGGUCCCUGGGUUUCAGACCGAGCAGAUCCGCAAGCGGCUGCGCUGCCGCAGGAAGACGGUCCUGGUGCUCAUGUGCAUCCUCACCGCCUACGUGCUGUGCUGGGCCCCCUUCUACGGCUUCACCAUCGUGCGCGACUUCUUCCCCACCGUGUUCGUGAAGGAGAAGCACUACCUCACCGCCUUCUACAUCGUCGAGUGCAUCGCCAUGAGCAACAGCAUGAUCAACACCCUGUGCUUCGUGACUGUCAAGAACAACACAGUCAAGUACUUCAAAAAGAUCAUGUGGCUCCACUGGAAGUCUUCUUACAAUGGUAAGUCCAGCGCAGACCUGGACCUCAAGACAAUCGGGAUGCCUGCCACUGAAGAGGUGGACUGCAUCAGACUGAAAUAACCCCCUGGACUUGGCCUAGUUUAAACACAAGGCAGCAUCCUGGGGACACUGACCAGUGUGCUUGGAUGCACAUCAACCUGAAACUUUUUUUUGCUACAGAGGGCAAAAUAAAUGGACCACUCUGUGAACAGUGUUCAUGGAGCUCAGCAUUUCUAAAAUGCACGUGACCAGACACUAUCGCCAGUGGCAUUUGUUGAAUGUCUAAUUUGUACACCAGUAGGUACUGGUAAGACCUAUGUAUGUUGAUGACAUUUAGUUGGCAAAAUGAAAUUUAAAUUAAACCAAGGAAAAUGUGUGCUGUAGAUAUAAAUAAGGGAGUUUCCACCAAAGAACGGAGUAGUUAUCUAGGACUGCAGUACAUGUGUUCAUAGUGUGAGGUUAUCUCUGAGCCAUCCAGCUACUCAUCAGACACAGAUCUAGCUCACCUCUGGGAAUGCUCUUCAGCUGGAGGUCACGCCUAACCUUUGCAAGGCUGGAGCAAGAAUACAGAAGAGACACUAGGCUCCUUCUGAAGACCUUCUCUCAUUUCUCAUGGCAAGGAGCCUUACAUGCAUAUGCAUUGACAUCACAGUAUUCAUGGCCAAGUUCUGUGCAAACGCUUCCUCCCAUGCUGCUCUAUGGCCACCCUCAGGCCCAGAGCUCUGCACAUAGGUGAUAAGGCUCUUGUUCAGAAGGACUGACUUGGGGAAGAAGACACAUAGACCCUGGAUGCCAUUUGGACAGGGAAUUAUGGGGUUCUGGGUACCUGGAGAAAGUCCAGAGGGGUUAGCCUGGAUUCAGGGUAGUCAUGUGCCCUGGUUCCAUGGACCUUUUGCCUUCAAUGGGGAGGGAGGUGCAGUUGGGAGAGAGUCAAAACAGGAAGGCAAAAGUGGAAGCAUGUGGGGCUCAAUGCAGCUCAGGGCAGGGGCUCAGGCUCUCCAGUAUACUGAUAAUACUGUUCCCACCUGUUAUUUCAGUUUGGGCCAAUUAGGUUCCCCUUAAGUCCUUCCCUUCCCUCUCAUGCCUCCAUGUUUGUGAAGCAUAGGAUCUUUGAAAGUGGUCACAGUACCUCCUGGAUGUGGCCUUUAUUCAUUUUUCUAUUUUCACCAGCUCUCAAAUGUAAGUGAUGAAGAGUUCUCUCCUAACCAGAGAGUGUGAUAAGGAAUCCUCAUUGAUAUGAUUCGAGGGCAAGAUAUCCUUGUUACUGGUGCCUGAACCCCAUCCUAGUCAUUGUUUCUUUGGAUUAAGACUUGCGGGCCGGGCACGGUGGCUCAAGCCUGUAAUUCCAGCACUUUGGGAGACUGAGGCGGGUGGAUCACGAGGUCAAGAGAUCGAGAUCAUCCUGAUCAACAUGAUGAAACCCGGUCUUUACUAAAAAUACAAAAAAUUAGCUGGGCAUGGUGGUGCAUGCCUGUAAUCCCAGCUACUCAGGAGGCUGAGGCAAGAGAAUUGCCUGAACACAGGAGGCGGAGGUUGCAGUGAGCCGAGAUCGUGCCAUUGCACUCAAGCCUGGGUAACAAAAGUGAAACUCUGUCUCAAAAAAAGACUUGCUUUGCUUCUAAAAUAGGGGUCCUCUUGGGAGGGAUAAGCCACACAUUCCUAGUCCUCACUGUGAAUGAAGUCAUGUGAUCCACUGGCAGGGGAUGCAGGUCAGAUGUAUCUUCCAGAAGACCGUGGAAACCUUGGCACCCAAGAAAGAAGGGGACAUACAGAUGGGUAGUGUCAAACCAAACAGUGAGCUUCAGUGACCCUAAAGGCUUAUUGAAGACUCAUCCCACUUUCUAACCUACCUCCUUUGUUUGAUGUUUUGAGUUUUGGAGUUUGGUAUUUUGGAACUGAAAGAUCUGAGAGCCAGCCUUGACUCUGUCACCUAUGUAACCCUGAGCAAAUCCUCUCUGAGGGGACAAAAGUAACACCUGUGAUUCCUUCCAACAGAGUGGCUGUGAGAAGCCAAUGAGACAAUUCAUGGAAGAUGCUUUCAACCACACAAGUUGCCAAAAGGAUGGACUAGGAACUGUGCUUAGUCUGCCUGGACAAGAAAAACCUCUUUCUUUGACUUGUGUAUCCAGAAACCUGGCUGUCUCCACUUUCAUUUUCCUUUGUGUGAAUUAUUGCUUGGUACUUCUUACAGUGCUGUAUGCAUUAUGUGCCUAAUAACAUGGUUAUACAAACAAGGCCAUGAGAUUUGCUGGUAGAUGCAUGAAGGAAAGGGUGGCUGAGUCUUCAGUCAGAAGAUGAGUUUAGGGUUUUGGAAACUCCAUAAUUGGAGCAUCUUUGUGAUCCUGGAAGUACUGAUUAUUUUCCCAUGCCUGUUCCCAGCUAGCAUGAAUCUGGGCAAUGGGAUAGUUUUUUUCUCAAUCUGUUUUUAUUCUCACGAGUGUGCAGAGCUAUAGCGUGGAGUUGUCUUUUUCUUAUCUGAGAGCAGCACACUUACAAGUUUAUUUAAGUAGCCCCUGUGUGGCAUGUUCCCUCCAAAUAUAGUCAAUGCCUUAUUUUUGGCAGCAAAAUUUACUUUGUAGAGUAACUUUAUUUCCCUGAAAGAUGCAUUUCAAAAACCUACUUAUUUCUUCCCAUUUAUCACCCAACAGACUUACCCUACAAUUUACUCUGAAUGCUCUUGGAGAAUAAAAUUAAUUAAAAUAUUAGCUUGAACCAAACAGGCAUUGGAAGGCCAUUUAAAUUUUUUUCAUAUAAAAUCAUAUAUUACAUUCUUAAAUCUGGAAGGUUAGCAUUUGGAUUAAAAAGUUAACAAUGAUAUAAUUUAUUGUCAUUAUGUUCACCCCUUUCAUUAAGAGUGCAAAACAAGAGUUGAUUGUAUUAAAUAGGAGCUCUUUAUAUUCGACAACCAACCCCCCUCUGCUUUUCAGCCUAAAGUGUGUCAAUUUUUCACUCAACUAUCUGUAAUACUUCCCGAUAUUAGUGUCUGCUUGUAAUUUUAUAGUGAAUGAGAGUGCUGUGUUGUUAUCAAGUGAAAUGAAAAUACCUGUAUGUGUAGAAAA